AAAACUAAAGCUUAUGAUCAUAUUCAGCACAGUGUAAGGUUCCCUGUUGGAUAUCUUGUAAAUAAGAAGUGUUUAACAUCACAAAGAUUCAGCGGAUGACGAUCUACCAAGAAGCUCCUCAAACCAUGAAAAGCUGCGACUAUCAACAAAUAGAUCCUCAGGCACUGGCGACACCAACACCUCAACAUCAACCAGUAUCAUUUUCGAGACCCUGCCAGAAUAAGCCCAAACGAUCGAGGAAGAAAUGGGAAGUUUUCCCAGGAAAGAAUCGUUUUUACUGUGAUGGACGGAUUAUGGUGGCCCGUCAAAGUGGUGUGCUUCCCCUGACUGUGGUGUUAAUCCUCAUCACCAGCGGAUUGUUUUUCAUCUUUGACUGUCCUUUUCUAGUUAAGCACCUGACCGGCAGCAUCCCAGUGAUAGGAGGGUUUCUUUUCCUGUUUGUGCUCAUCUCGCUUCUUCAGACCAGCUUCACAGACCCAGGCAUUUUGCCUAGGGCGACGCCAGAAGAGGCAGCUGACAUUGAGAAACAGAUUGAUAACCCAAAUGGUUCUUCAUCCACUUCCUAUCGCCCCCCUCCUCGUACCAAAGAGGUUGUCAUCAACCAGCAGGUGGUUAAGCUAAAAUACUGCUUUACCUGCAAGAUCUUCCGUCCACCGCGCACCUCCCACUGCAGCUUGUGUGACAACUGUGUGGAGCGGUUUGACCACCACUGUCCCUGGGUAGGGAACUGCGUCGGAAAACGCAACUAUCGCUACUUUUACCUGUUCAUCAUCUCGCUGUCCUUCCUCACUGCCUUCAUUUUUGGCUGUGUGACCACACAUCUGGCUCUGAGGUCACAAAGAGGAAACGGGUUGGUCAAUGCACUUCAGGAGAGUCCAGCCAGUGCUUUAGAGUUAGUGGUCUGCUUCUUUUCAGUAUGGUCCAUUUUGGGCCUGUCGGGCUUCCAUACAUACUUGAUCGCUGCUAAUCUCACGACAAAUGAGGAUAUCAAAGGAUCAUGGUCAGGAAAGAAUGGAAAUGAGGAACCUGGCAACCCCUACAGUUAUAACAACAUAUUCAAAAACUGCUGCUCAAUUCUCUGCGCACCGAUGCCUCCCAGUUUGAUUGAUAGAAGAGGAUUUGUUCCAGAGGAGGAUGUAGUUCAUCCAGGCCCAAGAGGAAUUGAGCUUGCUCCUGUGAAAAAUGACAUCAACAUGUGUACCCAGGGUACUAACGGUUUGUUGGAGACCGCUGCACGUUCUCCUCCCCUCUCCAGUCCUUGUCCUCAAGUCAAAUCUCAGACGUCGGCCACUCUUCCCGUCAUCGUCAUGUCUCCUGCUCCUGUGCAGCAGAAUGUCACGAAGGUUCAAAAGGAGGCCACUUCACUCCACAGACAUCAUUCCCAUCACAGAAGCAAGAGGAAACGAACCACCUCACAACCGUCACAUAACCAGAUGAACGCUUCCAGCUCUGCUGUUUCUCAGGGACCCAAAUCUAGCCAUCGCUCGAGGAGCAAUAAAAAUGUAGAGACCCGAGAUCAAAAAUUCACUUCUUUGUCUUGAUUACGUGUUCAGAAAUCAAAGACAAUUUCCAGUUUCCUGUACCGUAGGAGGCAAAAGGAUUACUUUUUGUAUU